UAUGCAAUGGAGAGCCUGAAAUAUUGGCUAAUAGAGCACCCUUCCAUCGUGUCCUUCAGGUGGAGUUCUACACAAUCAUAUGGUGCCACGUGGUGGUUCCUCAUCUCCGCCAUCUCACUUUACAUCGCCGCCGCCGUAACCCUUCACCUCCUCCUUAUAAUUCUCCGUCGCCGGCGUCCCGUUCCGCUGGGUCCCAUCCCCGCACUCCACAACCUCGCCAUGUCUUCAAUCUCCAUCGCCACAUUCAUCGGCAUGCUCUUCUCUUCCGAAGCUGAAGCACGCGACACUCGCUGGCUAUGGCAGCGUAGCAGAACAACCUCUUUCGAAUGGUUGCUCUGUUUUCCACUCGGUAUUCGUCCCUGCGGUCGUGUCUUCUUUUGGUCCUACGUUUUCUACCUCUCUCGUUUUCUCCACUUGUUUCGCACGUUCUUCGUCGUUCUGCGUCAUCGGAGACUGUCGUUUUUUAGAUUGUUUAACAACUCGGUUCUGCUGCUCAUGUCGUUUCUAUGGUUGGAGUUUUCGCAGUCACUUCAGGUGCUGGCGAUUCUGUUUUCGACGGCGGUAUAUUCCGUUGUGUAUGGAUACCGGUUUUGGACGGAAAUCGGGUUGCCAAGCACGUCGUUUAAGUUGGGCGUUAAUUUUCAGAUGGUGCUGUUAUGUUGUAAUUUGGUGUGCCACGUUUGGGUGCUUUCGUUGCAUUACUCAAGAGGAGGGUGUAACGGAAUCGGCGCGUGGGUUUUUAACUCCGUCUUGAAUGUUGCUUUUCUUGUUCAGUUCUUGAAGUCAUAUGUGAAAAAAAUGCGUUGGCAAAGGAAGGGUGAAGGAUUAUCUUCUUCAAAACGCGAGGAGGACAUUGCCAAGUGA